AUGGCCGGAAGCAAGUUUGCCUAUGUUAGAAACUUUGAGCUUCCAGACCCGCUGCUUCCGGGCACUUUCAUGAUUCUUCGCAUCGACGGUCAUGCAUUCCAUCGGUUGUCUGAGGAGCACAAUUUUGCGAAGCCUAACGAUGAAAGGGCCUUGCAACUAAUGGAUCAUGCUGCCCGUGAUGUAAUGACCGAGUUCAAGGAUAUUGUGCUCGCAUUCGGAGAAUCGGAUGAGUACAGUUUCCUAUUCCGCAAGAGCUCUACGCUAUACAACCGACGUGAAGCAAAGAUUCUCACAACGGUCACCUCUCUCUUCACGUCAUCAUACGUGUUCAAUUGGUCAAAGUAUCUUUCCGAUACACCGUUGAAGUAUUGUCCGUCAUUCGAUGGUCGAAUAGUGCUCUACCCUUCCACAACCGUAGUCCGCGAUUACUUCUCCUGGAGACAGGCCGACACCCACAUCAACAAUCUAUACAAUACGCUUUUCUGGGCUCUCGUCCUGAAGGGAGGUCAGACAACGACACAAGCGCACGCCGUUCUCAGGGGCACUGUGUCUUCUCAGAAGCAUGAGAUGCUCUUCUCCCGCUUCGGCAUCAAUUACAAUGAGCUCGCCGCUAGGUUCAGGAAAGGCAGCGUGUUGGUGCGGGAGGAGGUCCGUACGAUCGGCGUGGACGGUUUGGAAGCGACCCCUUUACCCGUCUCGGAAGAGGUUUCCGAGGUCGUGUCUUCAGGCGCGCCACGGAAAGCGUCGAAGAAAAAGGUCCGAGUCCGCACUACCAUCGAGCUCUGCCACUGUGAUAUAAUCGGCGACGAGUUUUGGAACGCUCGACCGAAUAUACUUGCCGAUUAG